GAAAGGAAACUGAGAGUAACCCUUUUGAGUGCUGAAUGGAAAGCAUCAAGCAAUGGAGACUUAACAACCAUCAACAGAGAGCUAGCAAUACAGAUGGCUAAACAUCCCAAUGUGGAAGUCAGUGUUUUCUUACCUCGGUGUAGUGAGGAGGACAAGAAAGAUGCUGAUAGUUACAAUGUUAAACUCAUUGAAGCAGUUAAACUGCCUGGUUUAAAACCAGUUCUUUGGCUAGCCUCUGUACCUGAUGGCCAUGCUAUGGAUUGUGUAGUAGGACAUGGAGUAGCUCUUGGUCAGCAAAUUCCACUCAUAAAGAAAAAUCCAAAUUACAGUCAUUGCAAAUGGAUUCAAGUUGUCCAUACUGCCCCUGAAGAAAUUGGCAUGUACAAAAACAUUUCUGAAGGUCAACAAAUGCAGCAAACAGAGAUAGAACUAUGUGAAAUGGCUGAUCAAGUUGUAACAAUUGGCCUCAAGCUAACCGAAGCAUAUAAGAACCAACUCGGAAAAAAAGAUGUUUUUAACCUGACGCCAAGCAUUCUCUCUGAAUUUUCAGAUGUGCAGCAAGCUAGUGAUGAAAGAAGAACAUUUUGUGCCUUGGUUAUUGAGAGUGGUGAUAGUGAAGAUUUUGAUGUUAAAGGAUACAAAAUUGCAGCGAAAGCUAUUGCUAACCUGAAAGAUAAAUCUUACCAACUCAAGUUUGCUUCCAAACAGAGUGGAAAAGAAGAUGAAUUAAAACACAAGUUACUUCAGUGUGGUAUUGAUCAUAAUCAGCUAAUUAUCUCCAGCUUCGAUGAAAACAGGAAAACAUUAGCUAACUUAUUCUCUAUGGUGGAUAUUGUUCUAUUGCCCUCAAAAACCGAGGGAUUCGGGUUGAGUGCUCUUAAAGCCAUAUCUGCUGGUCUUCCAGUACUUGUCAGUGGAAACUCAGGAAUUGCAGAGGCCUUAAGGGAGGUGCCUAUUGGGUCCCAUUGUAUAGUGGAUUCAGAGGAUCCUGCAGAUUGGGCCAGAGCAAUAAAAGGUGUGCGUGACAAAAAAAGGAAUGUACGACUUGCAGAGGCUAAGAUUCUCCGUGGAAACUAUUUGCAGCAGUUCAGCUGGGAGGAGCGUUGUGAUUUCCUUGUUACAAAGAUGUGCAAACUAGCAUUUGGUAAGUUUUAUCACCUUGCAUCAGAAAUGCAGAAGUUUUAAUCAAAUUUGAAAUAAUGACAAAGCUCACAUGUUUUGUGUUAAAUAUUCAAUUUACAAGGUAGCAGUUGUUUUUAAAUGCUAUAGGGCAGUAGUCUUAUGGAAUGUUACAAGUUUACAUUUAGGAAAACUGGUAAUCCAAGGCUAUAAGUUGGUGCUAAUGGCCAUUGUUGUUAACAAUAGUAAAAUUUGUGUACUGCAUAGCCACUAUUCAAUUGGAAGAUUGCUGACUGUGCAAUUUGCUCUGAAGGAACACUGGUGUAGAAACCCUCUAAUAAUGAGGACCUGAAAACAGAUUGUCAUCCAAUGUGUUUGAAGGUUAAUGUGAUAUUAAUGGUUCAAGUGGAUUUGAAGUAAAAUUAUUUCUCCAUUUUAUCAUAUAUUCUUACCGCAUUGUCCAACCCUACUGAAAAAAAUUCACAUGGAAUUAAAUGCGACUGAUAGUGAACUUUCAAAGCAAUUCUCUUGUGUGGCAUGUCAAUUUCUUGUAAACAUCCUGCAUUUUAUUAUGUAUUUCACACACAGAGGGCAAAGUCCAGAUAGGCAACAACCAAUCAAGGAGCCCUCUUUGAAAUAUUAUCUUGUACUCUUGGUCGUUGUAUCUUCACUUAUUUGAGAGUGUAACAUAUCUUUGCUUAGGUUUUAUUGGAGAUACAACAGAGUUUCAGUUUGCUUUUCGCAGUAGAAUUCGUAUGUGGAAUUAUAUUUUUGAAGCAACUAACUGUAGACAAACAAUUUUGAUGGUAUCCAGUUAAGUCGCCGACGGUUCAACUCGCCAACGCCAACUCGCCGACGUAUAAAGUCGAGUAGAGACGUCGGCGAGUUGGUCUUCAAUCCAGUACAACUUAUUAGAAGAUAGACAUAUAGAAAAGUAAAAGAUAUUUAGUGAAAAAACAAUUUUUUUUUCUUCCAACAAAGUUUAUAAGGAUCUCAUGGAGAAUAAAGCAAGGUAAACAUCGCCAAUAAAUAUGAAAGCUUCAGACGCGAACGAGUUAUUGUGUGACAACACUGUAAAGACUCAUGACAGUCGAUCAGAUUAUUUUAAGAAAACUUGACUUUAUAGACAAGACCUUUAUUAAAAAAAACAAUUCUUUUUAUUUCCGACAAAGUUUAUGAGGAUCUCAAGGCGAAGAAAGCAAGGUAAACAUCGCCAUUAAUCAAAAAAACUUUAGACGCGAACGAGUUAUUGUGUGACAACGACACUGUAAAGACUUAUCUUGUCACUCGGUCAUUUUUUUUUUAAAAAAGACGACUUUCUAAACAAGAUCUUUCGCAAAAAAACCAACUUUUUAUUUCCAACAAAGUUUAUAGGGAUUUCAAGGCGAGUAAAGCAAGGUGAAUAUCGCCAAUGACCAAAAAAGCUUUAGGCGCGAACGAGUUAUUGUGUGACAACCAUAACAACCAGGCGGAACGACAUGUUUUUUUAACUUUAAAGAAUGAUUUAUUCAUGAUCGAGCAUGUUUGAUUUACGAUAAGAUUUGAUAUAUUAUAAAGAUCAAGUGAACAUGUGAAAGCUAUACAUAUCUGUCAUGUAUUACUUAAGAACUACACACCCCAAACAACAUGGCGGUUCGGCAAGUAAAAGACUGUUUAAUGAAGCCUCAUGCGUGCGCAUGAGCAAACCAUAUAUGGUAACACGCAACAUACAACACACUGGAAAACCAUAACAUUCCUCCACACAUAAAACGAUCUGUCCCUAGCUUUCAAAACAAGCCCUAAAAUACAAUUUCAAGGAAAACAUAAAAUAAACCAACAGUGUCCGGUAACCACAGUUCGAAAGGUAAGAACGACCUUUAAACAAGAAAACGAACAGAAUAAAACAAAGUUCAGAGAUCAAGCCUCUGUGGUGCCCUGCGAACUCUCUGAGGGUGUUGUCGCAUUUUGACCAUCGGACUAACUGUAGCUGGUUUAGCAUCAGGAGGGUCAGGUACCGUAGGUGUGGAAACAGGAACCAUCUUUGGUUGAUCUUUUUUGGAACCUCCUGGAGCUGUGCCGCCCUCAGUGGUUGGAGUACUUGAUGUAAUUGGGGUCAGUGGUGUGUUGGCCAUUUCAGGUUGGCUGACUUCAACACUACAGUCGGCGUCAGUGCUUUCAACUGUGUGUCCAACUGCCGUUGGUCUCAACUGAUCAAUAUGUCGGCGCCAGGUCAGUCCCGGUGCCACCUGUACCUCAUACAUCAGCGGACCUGUUUUGUUAACAAUCAGCCCUGGACGCCACUUCAGAUCCCCUCGAUAAUCCCGUGACAUAACUGAGUCACCAAUCUCUAACUGGCGAUACUGUUUACCCUUGUCAAUCGCUGCCUUAAUGCUCUGCUGGUGUUGUUGGUUAACCAUCUUACGGUUUAAGUUAGGUUUCACCAAAUCUAGGAGAGUACGCAAUGGUCUUCCCAGGAGUAACUGUGCUGGGCUCUCACCGGUGGUGGGUGUGGGGUGUUCCUGUAAGCUAUGAGAAACUUCGCCAACUUCUCCCUCACUGGCUUGGGGCUUUGACGCAUGGAACGCAAAGCCUGUUUGAAGGUCUGUACUGUCCUUUCCGCAAGACCAUUCGUCGCUGGAUGGUACGGUGCUGAAGUUAUAUGGCGGAUGCCAUUGGACUUGACAAAUGUCUGGAAUUCCUCCGAAACAAACUGUGUACCAUUGUCACUGACUAUCUGUUCUGGAAUUCCGAAUCUGGCGAACAAAUCGCGUAGAAUUUCGAUAGUCGAACUUGAAGAAGUUGACUUGACUGGAACCACUUCUGGCCACUUGGUGUGUGCGUCGACAACCACUAAGAACAUCGAGUUCUGAAAUGGCCCUGCGUAGUCGAUGUGUAUACGCUGCCAUGGUGUAGUGGCCCCUCCCACGGAUGUAGUGGUGUUUUAGCAGGCAUCUUCUGAUUUUGCUGACACCCGCUGCAGCCUUUCGCUAGCUCUUCCAGAUGACCAUUGAUAUUAGGCCACCAUACGUAGCUCCUCGCGAGUGCUUUCAUUUUGACCAUGCCCAGAUGCCCAUCAUGAAGUUCCUCUAACACUCUGCUUUGUAACUUAUUGGGAACGACCACUCUCAUUCCCCAUAGGAUGCAGCCUUGGUGAACUGUCAGUUCAUUGCGUCGCUCGUAAUAAGGCUUGUCUCCCUCCACACGAGUAGACCAUCCUUUCACGAUAGAAUCAUGUAUCCUCGCUAGGACAACGUCACGACGUGUUUCUCUUGCCACUGCUUCACUGGUUAUAGGUAAUGGCACAAACUGAGAGGCGUGGAACACCUCUGUUGAAUCCACCUCCAAGUCUUCUCGCUCUUUCUGCUGGAGAGGGAGCCGUGACAGUCCAUCGGCAUUGCAGUGUUUGGUUGUACUCUUAUACUCAAUGAUAUAGUCGAACCCAGACAAGAACAAUGCAUAUCGCUGAAGCCUUGCAGCAGUCAUGGCUGGAACUCCCUUUUCUGGGUGGAAGAUGGCAGUGAGGGGCUUGUGGUCUGUAAUGAGCGUAAAUCGUCUCCCAUAGAGGUAAACAUGAAAUCGUUUCACCCCCCACACAAUGGACAAUGCCUCCUUGUCUAUCUGUGCAUACCGUCGUUCAGUCUUGGUCAACGAUCGGGACGCAAAAGCUACCGGCCUUUCGCUACCAUCGGACAUGACGUGUGAAAGAACCGCGCCGAUGCCAGUUGGUGAAGCAUCACAUGCCAGCCUAACCGGUAAUGCUGGGUCAUAGUGCGUUAGCACCUGCUCAGAUGUAAUCAUACGCUUAGCCUCAGUGAACGCUCGCUCGCACCGUUCAGUCCACUGCCAUUCGUUGUUUUGCUCUAACAACUGGUGAAGUGGGUGGAGAACUGUAGACGCAUUGGGCAAGAAACGGUUGUAAUAGUUUACGAGCCCUAAAAAUGAGCGAAGCUGUGACACAUUCUCAGGUCUUGGUGCACUGACCACUGCUUCAAUCUUCUCUUGUGUCUUGUGUAGACCUUCCUUAUCGAUCUCAUGCCCACAAAACUGAACUCUAUCUUUGAAGAACUCGCACUUUUCCUUGUUAGCCUUCAGACCCGCAACUUGUAAUCGCUUGAGUACACUCUCCAGGUUCUCCAAAUGUUCUUCAUCGGUUUUACCUGUGACAAUCAUGUCAUCAAGGAUGCACUGGGUCCCAGGUAUUCCCUGUAAUACCUGGUCUAUGGCACGCUGCCAAAUGGCUGGAGACGAAGAGAUGCCAAAGACUAAGCGAUUGUAUCGAAAAAGGCCCUUGUGUGUAUUAAUCGUAAGGAGUUCCUUGGAUCUUUCGGUUACUUCCAUCUGGUGAUAAGCUUGGCGAAGGUCAAGCUUACUGAAAUGUCUACCGCCAGCCAAAUUUGCAAAAAUAUCCUCUAUACGUGGCAGAGGGUACUGUUCUGCAAGAAGUACUGGGUUCACUGAGACCUUAAAAUCGCCACAAACUCGUACCGAUCCGUUUCGCUUGACUACCGGGACAAUUGGGGUCGCCCAUUCACUGUAUUCUACUUUAGAGAGAAUACCUUCCUUCUCUAAGCGUGUAAAUUCUGCUUCUACUUUGGGGCGGAGUGCGUAUGGCACUUGGCGUGGUUUAUGAAAGCUGGACUGGCAGCCUUCCUCGACCUUCAAAUCCGCCUUGUAGCCUUUAAGUGUGCCCAGAUUUUCGGAGAAAACAGACUCGUACUUCUGUAGUAGCUGAUCCACUUUGCGUGCCAUACCCCCUUCUGAAGUCUUGCUAAGCUUAAAGGUUUUGAUUUCACCCCAGUUCAGUUGAAUGUUGGACAGCCAGUCACGCCCAAACAGUGCUGGUCCCUGCGUCUCAACAACUUGUAGGUUUAACUCUUUUUCCUGGCCCUUGAACUUAACAUUACAUCUCAUCUCUCCCUUAGGUGUGAUUUUCUGCCCAGUGUAUGUCUUAAGUGUCACAAGGCUCUUUGAAAGUUUGACAUGAUUAAAAUGUUCCUUAUAUUGUUUGUAUGGAAGUACAGACACCGCUGACCCUGUGUCUAGUUCCAUCUUGACCACCUUUCCCUGUAUUUCGGGGUUGACCCAUAUUACGUGAUCCUUGUCACCCACAUUAUUAACCUCAAGGGAUGCCAAAUAAUCAUCGCUGUCCCCGUCAUCGCUGUCUACAUAAUUUACUGGGGGUUGGGAAACUUGUGUCUCUUUUUUCUUUGAUUUACAAGCCCUCACAAUGUGACCAGUCUUGUUACAGUGGUGGCAUUUUUCUUUCUUGAAUGGACAACUUUUGUGAUCAUGAAUUCCCAAACAGCGGUAGCAACUUUGAUCACCCGUUCUCUUGGGGGAAAAAGAACCCUUUUUCUCUGAAAGCUUGGCUUCUCUCUUGAAUUUAAGCUUCUUGCCUGGCUUUGAUUUGGCUAAUAGAUCGAUUGAUUCUGACGCUUUAUUCCCCUGGAGAGCUUCAACAUCCUUGUAAGAUUGCUCAAUAGCUAAGCACUUUGCAACAGCAAUGUCAAAUGUUAGUUCCUCAAGCUUAAGUUUCAAAAGCUCUGACAUCAUUCUCUUAUCUCGAAUACCCGAAACCAGUCUAUCUCUAAGCCUUUCCAAACGCAUGGCGUCGUUAAAUUUGCAAUCCAUAGCUAGAUGUUUCAAAACAGCAACAUAUUGACUCACCGUUUCUCCUGCGUUACGUGCUCGGUUGUCAAACUCAUACCUGGCUACUAAAGCAGACUUCUGUGGCUUCAAUUGUUCGCGGAGACGCUCUACGAUUGCGUUGUACGUGAGAGAAUCUUCUCCUAACAAGGUCGGAGCCAUCAAAUCUUUCGCCAGUUGGUACGUUUCAGUGGGAAGAUUGGUUAACAAGAUGGCUUUCUUCUGUUUCGCGUCGGUCACUCCAUUUGCCACGAAGAAGAAUCCUAACUGUUCUGUAUACGCCUCGAAGUCAGUUCCCACAGUGAACUUUUGAACUUUUCCGAUGUUACGAACUGGAUUUGGUGCCGUAUUUGCAUCGCUGGCCAUCGUGGACGUUAUGUGGAUUUAGUUUAGGGAUGUCUUCAGUUUUAGCAGCCCAAAAGGUCCUUUAAUAUCCCAUCCUCGUCGCCAAAAUUGUCAUGUAUUACUUAAGAACUACACACCCCAAACAACAUGGCGGUUCGGCAAGUAAAAGACUGUUUAAUGAAGCCUCAUGCGUGCGCAUGAGCAAACCAUAUAUGGUAACACGCAACAUACAACACACUGGAAAACCAUAACAAUAUCAUGCAAUUAUUCUGCUCUUGAAGGUCCGUGUAAUCUCGACAUCGAUUUCAAUAAUUGGGCCGCUCUCUUUUCACCAUUCUCAUAUUUCUCACAACAACUCGUUUGUGUCUAAACCUUUUUUGGUCCUUGGCGAUGUUCACCUUGCUUUAUUCGCCUUAGGAUCCUUGUAAACUUUGUUGAAAAUAAAAAUAAUUGGUUUUUCUAGAGAUCUUGUCUAUAAAGCCAAGUUUUUUUUAAAAAAUCUGACCGAUUGACAUGAUGAAUUUCUACAGUGUUGUUGUCACACAAUAAUUAUUUCGUUCGCGUCUGAAGCUUUUACAUUCAUUGGCGAUGUUUACAUUGCUUUAUUCGCUAUGAGAUCCUUAAAAACUUUGUUGGAAGGAAACAAAACUGUUUUUUCACUAAACAUCUUUUACUUUUCUGUAUGUUUAACUUCUAAUAAGUUGUACUGGAUUGAAGACUAACUCGCCGACGUCUCUACUCGAUUUUAUACGUCAGCGAGUUGGAGUUGGCGAGUUGAACCGUCGGCGACUUGACUGCGAUUCAUUUUGAUUUUCUCUCUAUUAGAGGAACAGCAGUAGGCUUGGUUUCUUUUGUAUCUGUUAUUUAGUCUUGUCACGCAACGCACUCUCUCUCAGGAAAUAGAGGGCGUUGUGUGGUGAGACCAAACAACAACUGCAAAGGAGAAUACAGUAAGUGUGGCACUAAUUCAUUUUAUUUUUGCCUAGAAGUAUUUGAACAAUAGAGAAAAUGGAUCAUAAAAUACAUGACAUGGUGUGACUUUAGUUAAACUAGGUUUUAUUUUCUUUCUUUUAAGGUGAAGGAAUGCAAUAUUUUUGUUCCUUGAAAAGUUAUGCUCUUUUUCUGACUUACAUAAAUGAAAACAUUAAGUACACAUUUAGUGUCCCAUCUUGACCCACUCAGCCAAAAAAAUAACUCGGGCAUGCUAGGCAUGCCCAUGUUUCACCUUAGCUAAGUCUGUUUAGAUAUUUCCAUGUUUGAAACUGUAAUCUUUUAGAUCAAUCAGAAUUUUGAUUCUACCAUGGAAUGAGGUAAAGAAGCAAAUUAAAGAAACUGAAACUGAAACAAUUUAUAUACUGUAUGUGGUAAUCAUUUUUAUUUCAUUAAAUUAUUGUUGGUAUUUAUUCAUUGGUAACAAGCUCUAUGUUUGAUUGGUGUUGCCUCAUUGUAAUGUUCUCAAAUUUUAAUGAUUAAUUAGGUAAGAGGUGAAAAAACCUUGAUAUAUUAGGAUUAAAUUUGACUGUUACAAUUUAACAGGUGGUGAAAUGAAUAUUAAAGUUGAUGUGGAUGAAUUGAAACCUGAAGAACAGAAUAUACAGACUGGCAUGUUGGCAACAGAGUCUGUCAGAUGCCAAGAAGUUCAGCAGCCAAUGGCAUCUGCUACAUUAACUGCAUCUGGAAGUGUGUCCUAUUCAAAGAAAGAUCAUCUCAAGGCCUUUGAAAAGGAAAUCUUGCUAUUAAUUAUGCAAAAUUAUCUCCAGACCACACCACCACAGUCCCCUGAAGAGCACAACAGGUUCAAGGAAUACAUGAAAGAAAUGAAGCUCAUCAUUUCUGAUACCUCUGUAGGAAGUUUAGUGAUAACAGUGAAGUGUGAAUCUCUAAUGAUCUUGGAGGAGUUGUGGACAGAUUACUCAUCUGGUCAUCUUGGUGAAGUGGUUCAGAAUUGUUUUGUAACUGAGAAGAUCUUGAAGGAACUGAACCUGGCUGAGCUGAGGCUGAAGACAACAAUGGACAUAGAAGAGUACAAUGCAUGCAAAAUGUUCUUUGAGAAAGAUGCACUUAGAGGUUUGUAGAAAGAAUGUAUCAAGGCCUGGUCCUACUAUGAAUUAUUUGUCAAGGGCUUUGAAUGAAAUCCAUCAGUCUUUCCACAUGACGUAUGAUAAGGUACAUGUCAUGAAGGGAUGGGUCCAGUUUUUAUAUCAAGAGUUAGGGAACUUGUCUCUUCAAUAAAUUCAUGCUGACUACUGUAUGUAAACCAUGCCAAUGCAAGAAGUAAUUUGUUUGCAAGAUGUUUCAUUUGAUGUUUUGUUCUUCUCAAACAUCUCUUCCCAGUAACCUGUUAUCUUUCCUACUAAGACAUCUGGCUCAAUAUUUCCUCUCUAUAGGGUUGUAUUUAUCUUUCCUUAAUUUAUUUGAUUGCAUUCAUUAAUCAAAGGUUAAUUGGCAAGACUUUUGUUGGAGGGAUCAUGAAAGAAAAUUUUUCUAGUUUUUGCAUGUUGGGUGUUUUUAAAAAUAGUUUGAGGUGUCUUUAUCUUUUAAAAUGUGUGUCUUCUUGUAAAUCUGAUUUUAGAUGCUUUAUCCUCUGAAUUCCACUCCACAAGUUCAACCAGUGAAAGUCCACUAACAAAAGAACAAUGGGAAAAAAGUGAACAGAAGACAAAGAUUAUGGAGACGGCAAAAUUGGAAGGUGAAAAAGAAAUUACAAACUUGUAUUAAUUUAUUAUGGAAAGUUUUUGUGAACAGUAAUAACAAUUAUGUGAUAAAUCUUUGAAGGAUAAUUUCAGUGCAAUAAUGUGGCAUCAAUAAUUUAAUAUAAUUGUACACAGUUCCACUUAUGGGUACUAAACAUUUGUAGAGAAGCUGUGAUGUUAAUCUCUCCAUUUUUUACUUUGACACUGUAUGUGGAAAUACAGAAACCUUUUGUAAAAGACUGAAGGCAGGUACAUGUAGAUAACAUGCUAUCAUUGCAUGCAUGCUAGAUUGCAUGAUUUAUUUCUGUAAAUGUUUGAUAUGGAUAAACUAGCAGUAAUAGUUCCCUUUCAGUCACCAUUAACUUUUUCCCACUUUCUUACAUCUUGCAAAUACGCGCAUGAAAUUUGUCAUGUUACAAAAAUUUUGUGUACUGGGUACUGUUUAAUUGGAGGAUUGGUGUGCAAUUUCAGGUUUUAGGAGAAGGAACACUGGUGUAGAAGCCCUCUAAUACUGAGGACCUGCAAGCAGACUAAUAUCCAAUAUGUUUGAAGUUUAAUGUGAUAUUAAUGGUUUCAAGUGCAGCUGAAGCACAAUUUUAACUUGGACGCUUUGCUCCAAAUUAACAGAUCAGAAAUUGAACAUCAAAGUUGAUGUGGAACAUGUGAAAUGUGCAGAUCAAGAUGAUUACAAUACAGCUUCAGUUUUAGCUUUGGAGCCAGCAGGAUAUCAGAAGGCAUCCACAGCUUCAGGCAGAAAGAGAAAAGGACAUUCUGAUGCAGAUUUAGAAGAUCCCCAACCAAUCAAAAAGAAAGUCUUGUGCUUAAUUGCCAUGAAUUACCUUGAUACUACACCAGCACAGUGCAGGGAUGAACGCAAUGAGUUUAAGGAAUACUUACAAGAAAUGAAGGUCUUCAUCAUAGGUGUUUCUGUGGGAAGUUUGGUGAUAACAGUAAAGUGCGAUUCUCUCUCGAGCUUGGAGGAAUUAUGGGAAGAUUACUCUUGUGGCCUUUUGGAUAAGAUGGUACGAGAUUGUUUUGUAACUGAAAAGAUCAUGAAGGAACUGAACCUGGCAGAACUGAAGCUGAAAACAACAAUGGACAUAGAAGAGUACAAUGCAUACAAACUGUACUUUCUUGAGAAGGAUGCACUCAGAGGUCAGUUGAAAGAAAGAAAAAGGCCUGGUCUUUCAGAAAAAUGUUUUGAAAUGAUUAAAAACACAAUGCAUCACUCAUUCAACAUGGUGCACCAUAGGGUUAACAGAGGUGUAGAGGGGGUCCAGGUUUUGACCAAGAUAUUCAACCAAUUGCUUCAUGACUAAGCUCAUACUUACUAUGUAUACAAUGACAAUCUGUAGCUAGAAGUGAUUUGUUUUCAAGAAAUUUCCUAGCAUAUUUUCCUUUCUGUCUGCUUGUAUUUAUCUUUGGCUCCAAAUAUAAACAAAAUAAAACAAGCUAAAAUAAAAAAUUGGCAAGAUUUUAGUUGGAGAAGCUAUAAAAGAAAAUGUUACCUGUAUUUGUGUGUGGGGUUUUUAUAAAAAUGAUUUGAGGUGUGUUGUAUGGUUUUGAAUGUCAGUAUUUAGUGGUUACCUCAUUAUUUGUUUUCUUUUAAAUCUGAUUUUAGGUGCCUCAUCUUCUGAAUUCCACUCCAUAAGUUUAACCGGUGAAAGUCCACAAAAUCAAGAAGAGCUGAAAAAAUGGAAACAGAAGACAAAGAUUGUUGAGACAGAGAAACAAAAAGGUAAAAACAAAAUUAAGAGAUCUAUUAAGUUAUUGUGGAGAGUUGUUGUGAACAGUAAUAACAAUUUAUUAUUUGAAAAAACUUUGAAGAAUUAUCUCAAUGCAAUUUUGGCAUUUAUUAUUUUAAAGUGUACAAUUUAGGGGAAACAACAUACAGGGUAUCUGAUGAGAGGCUGUGAAUGCUAAUCCCUCCCUGUACUUUUGCUCAUAGGUACUUCACCCCUCACUGUAGUACCCAUUACUGGUCAUGGAAAAGAAUUUAUAGAGAAAGAGCAACAAAGGAAAGGUAAACAGGAAGCUCAGUUUGAAUUAAUUUCUAAAGUGAAUUUGUUCAGUGUGUUUAGCUAUCAUGUCAAGUGUAAAGAAGUGUGUUUUUGGGAUUAAACAUUUAAGGUUGCCAGGGUCUGUAGGAUAAAACUGAAAUGACAAUUAUUUGAAAUACUUUCAGUUCUCAUCAAAAAUUAAUUCCAAAGAAAUUAAAACCCAAUGAAGUUUUCGCGAAGGGAAUGUUAAGAUGGUAGUGGCUAGGGAUGGUGAAACAGUAUUAAUUAUAAUAAAAUCAUAAUCAUAAUAAUAAUAGUAUUAUAAUAGUAUAAUAAAGGUUUUUUCAACCUUAGUCAUAAAUUAUGUAUUAAGGAACCGACAUUGAUGAUGUAUUUUAGAUAAAUUUCAUGCACACCUUAUAGAGAUUGUCACAUGAAUACUAAUAUUGCUAAUAUUGCUGUAAAUAAUGAAAAGUAAUGUAAAUUAUUACAAAUACAGUUGUGCCUCUUUCUCUAUUUUAUGUUAACCUGAAGGGAAUUUGAGUUGGUUUGUGGAAUGAAAAAGAUAUACAUGGGAUAUAUAUGUGUAUAUCAAGUUGAUGUUUUCAACAGCUUUUUCAAAUCUAUCCUUAGCUUCAAGUUGGUAUGCCUGUCUCUAACUAUUUAUUGGUAGAAAUGCUAGUAUCUCUCUGUAUACCUUUGCUUUUAGGCAUGUUGUCUCCUCAUGGAUCUACCACUUCUGAUCCUGAAGAAAAACUAGAAGAGCUACAUAUGAAUCUCAAGAAACAAGUUACUUGCUCAAUUUGUCUCGAUACCUACACUGAACCUAAAAUUCUAUCAUGUCAUCAUACAUUUUGCUGUGAGUGUUUAGAGAGACAUGCAAUAGUGAACCAGAGACAAGGGAAAUUCCGAUGCCCUGAGUGUCAAGUAGAAAUCAAUUUACCGGAAGGAAAUCGCUUCGACUGUUUGCCUAACAGCUUUUUGCACAAAAGUCUGUUAAGUGUCCUUCAAGCAGAAAGUCGUGAAGGUGAAUUGUUGAGUAAUUAAAUCUUUUGUACAAAACUAAAUGGAACAAACUAAAUGAAGUGCUAAUUGAAUGGUUAAAUGAUGGAAAAUCAGAAAUCAACUCAUAUAUUUGUACUUUUCCCCUUAGGUACUUCACCCUCCACUGUACCGUCCACUGCUGGUCACAAAAAAAAAUGGGAAGUAAGACACAACACUGGGAAAUUUCAGGAAAAGAAAGGUGAGUGA